CUUGUUUCUGGCACGUAAAACUGUAAGAUACUGUCAGGUGGGAUGAAAUAAAGGGCUGUAGCACAGGGAGAACACAGCACUGUUUCUUCGGUCACCGUUUUGCAGGAAAUGAACGCGGAUCCACCUGGAAGCCGUUUAGCGCCGUCGUCGGCAGGCAGGUGUCGUCGCACCGUUGAAGCGGCAUUUCAUUUGGCAUCGCCGCUGGCUGCGAUAUAAGGUGAAUGCUAGGCUGUAGAGGAAACCUCAGGAUGAAGGAUGUGGAGCAGUUCUCCUGUCCGUGGAUCUGUGGAGGACUGUCACACCACAGCGGCCGAGUGAGCAGACUAUGUUAACCCAGGCCAGCCCCCAGACCUCCAGGCUCCCCCGGACCAGCAGACACCGAACCAGCGUUUUUGUACACAUCCGCCCGAUUGUCCGGGCAUCUUGGUUUGGUGUCUGCCUGUUUGCCCUGCUGUGUUAUUUUGUCUGUACCAGGUUGUGUGGACCACCAGCGACCUAGCAUGACAAAGCACUUCUGUGGCCUGCUAACUCUUCAGCCAAAGGAUGUUUCUCUUAAUUAAGUACAUCCAGACAGAAGUGCUAAGCCUCUUCGUACAUAUAAUGUUUUGAACUGCAGAAUCACAACUGUUGUUGCAUCUCACAUCAAGGCCCACUGAUUGACUGCACGCACUAAAUAGAUAUGAAUGAGAGGUUGCUGCAGGGGGACCUCUUCUGAGUUUAUUGUGGAUUUCUGAUGAAUUGUAAAGGGGACAGAGACACCUACAGUCACAUGGCUGGAUCAUCAGUGGAGUUAGUCCUUUCCUUAUUUUGCUUGGAUACCUCCUGAAAGGCUCCCCAUUGUCCCUGGAAUAAAAAUCAAAAACAGCUGGUUUGAGUUGUCUCUGUUGAAGUUUACCAAACGUUUCUGUUUUUGUGCCACUUUGAGAGAACUCUGUGAUCAUGCACUGAAGACAGAAGUGGAGCCUUACUGAGAGUCAGGUUUACACCAAGUCGCCAUGCCUAUCAGGAAAAAAGACACAGCUCGAGCCCUUGCACUUUUGGAGGAAUACUGCACUAACCUGAGGAAACCGGAGGAGCAGCAGCUCAAAACUGCCAUUCAAAGAGUGAUGGGGAUUUUCAAAAGCAACCUGUUUGAAGCUCUUCUUGAUAUCCAGGGGUUCUAUGAAGUGACUCUAUUAAACACACAGAAAAGCUCCAAGCAAAAGCUAGAGGAACUCAACCACAUGGCGGACAAGUGGGAGAAAAGUCUUUCUGUACCAAACUCUACCUGUCCAGUAGAGCAGCAGAGGGAGCACAGCAGCUCAGAGCCCAGUGGGAGAGCGCAAGCAGAGUGCAGUGCAAACACCCCUGAGAACAGGCCGGCAGCAGUACAUGAGCCAACCCACAAUGGCCAGCCCCAGCCCUGCAUGAACCCUGCCCUGAUGAACACUCCCUGGUAUCACUACCAAGAAGAUGACUCACCCCUGCUUGACCAGGGAUUCCCACAGCUCACCAGUGGGCUUCGUGCUCCUGAGCUGGUCCAUGUUUCACAGAAGAACCUGUCAGAGAUUGAAAAUGUGCACGGCUACGUGUCCCAUUCUCACAUCUCUCCUCUCAAGGCCAACCCUGCUCCCGUGAUCAUCAAUACAGACACUCUGGAGUCGCUUCCUUAUGUCAACAGCACAGAAAUUGAAUAUGAGUUUGAAGAAAUCACCUUAGAGCGGGGUAACUCAGGGUUGGGCUUUAGCAUCGCUGGAGGGACAGAUAACCCCCAUAUUGGUGAUGACCCCGGCAUCUUCAUUACCAAGAUCAUCCCUGGAGGAGCUGCAGCAGAGGAUGGACGCUUGAGAGUAAAUGACUGCAUCCUUCGGGUGAAUGAUGCUGAUGUGUCUGAAGUUUCCCACAGUAAGGCAGUAGAGGCCCUAAAGGUUGCAGGUUCUGUUGUCCAUUUGUAUGUGCGGCGCCGCAGGCCUAUGCUAGAGACAAUCAUUGAGCUCAAGCUAAUCAAAGGACCAAAAGGCCUUGGUUUCAGUAUUGCAGGUGGAGUGGGAAACCAGCAUAUCCCUGGUGACAACAGCAUAUAUGUAACUAAAAUUAUUCAUGGUGGGGCGGCACAAAAGGAUGGCCGGCUGCAAGUUGGAGACAGAUUAUUAAUGGUGAACCACUACAGUCUGGAGGACGUUUCUCAUGAAGAGGCUGUGGGCAUUUUGAAGAACACGUCUGAUGUGGUCACUUUAAAGGUGGGGAAACCCACCAGUGUGUAUCUAUCAGAUCCCUAUGGGCCUCCUGAUAACAUGCAGUCUUUUUCUCCUGCCAUGAAAAAUCACGUCUCUUCCCCCGUCAACACCGGCUCUCUGCAUUACAAGUCCGACCUGCCCGUGGCUUCCCCUGAGAGUUAUUCACCCCUCUCUACGCACUUUCCGAGGGAAGAGGAUGUAAACAGGCCUCCUGAGCCAGUUUACAGCACUGUGAACAAACUAAGUGACAAAGUGCCCUCCCCCCGACACUAUUCCUCAGUGGAGUGUGACAAAAGCAUCUUCCACUCUGCCCCACUCCCUAACUAUAUCUUAAGUCUGUUUCCUGACUUGGAUAUCACCAGGGAACCCAGGAAGGUAGUGCUCCACAAGAGUACCACGGGCUUGGGCUUCAACAUCGUAGGUGGUGAAGAUGGUGAGGGCAUCUUUGUCUCCUUCAUCCUUGCGGGAGGACCCGCUGACUUGAGUGGAGAACUGAGGCGAGGUGACCAGAUUUUAUCAGUCAAUGGCAUUGACCUACAAGGAGCCACACAUGAACAAGCAGCUGCAGCCCUAAAAGGAGCAGGACAAGUGGUCACCAUCAUUGCUCAGUACAGACCUGAAGAGUACGGACGUUUUGAGGCCAAAAUCCACGACCUGCGGGAACAGAUGAUGAACCACAGCAUGAGCUCCGGGUCAGGAUCCCUGCGAACCAAUCAGAAAAGAUCACUCUAUGUUAGGGCACUUUUUGACUAUGAAAAGUCAAAGGACAGCGGUCUUCCCAGCCAAGGGCUCGGCUUCAGGUUUGGGGACAUCCUGCACGUCAUCAACGCCUCCGAUGAUGAGUGGUGGCAGGCUCGCCGUGUUACUCCACAUGGUGACAGCGAGGAAAUGGGCGUCAUCCCAAGCAAGAGACGGGUGGAAAGGAAAGAGCGGGCACGUCUAAAGACUGUUAAAUUCAAUGCCAAGCCAGGGUCGUUUGAGUCAAAAGGGUCAUUCACUGACAAACGUAAAAAGAAUUUCAUCUUUACACGAAAGUUCCCAUUCUACAAGAACAAAGAUGGUGAGCAGGAUGGCAGUGAUUCAGACCGAAGUCAAGAGGAAGUGAUUCUCUCAUAUGAACCAGUGAUGCGUCAUGAAGUUAACUAUGCCAGACCUGUCAUAAUCCUGGGACCCAUGAAGGAAAGAAUCAAUGAUGACCUCAUAUCAGAGUUCCCAGACAAGUUUGGAUCUUGUGUGCCGCCUGCUAACCGUUCAGGUUAUCAAGAUACCACUCGACCAAAGAGGGACUACGAGGCUGAUGGGCGAGAUUACCACUUUGUGAUGUCGAGGGAACAGAUGGAGAAGGAUAUCCAAGAGCACAAGUUCAUUGAGGCUGGGCAGUAUAAUGAUAAUCUCUAUGGAACGAGCGUCCAUUCGGUCAAAUACGUGGCUGAGAGGGGUAAACACUGCAUUCUGGAUGUUUCUGGAAAUGCUAUCAAACGACUACAAGUAGCACAACUCUAUCCCAUUGCCAUCUUCAUAAAACCGAAGUCUAUUGAUUCAUUAAUGGCCAUGAAUAAGAGACUGACAGAGGAACAAGCCCAGAAGAUCUUUGACAGGGCGAUGAAGCUUGAGCAGGAGUUUGGUGAAUUCUUUACAGCACUGGUUCAAGGAGAAACCUUGGAGGACAUUUAUACCCACUGCAAACAGGUCAUAGAAGAACAUUCAGGACCCUAUAUCUGGAUCCCCUCAAAGGAGAAAGUAUAAUAGCUCAUUAUGCUGGAAGGCAGUCUGGACUUUUAGGAUCUAGUAAUAUGAAAACUGUUUGGCAACAAAUAGUGUUUAUAAAUACAUAUUGUGAAUAAGUUGGCUUUUUUUAUUUGUUCAUUUGAUCUUGUGUUUGAUUAUUGUUUGUUUUUCACUUAACCUAAAUGUUCCUGAAUGUAAACCACAAAAAUGUUAUAAAGUUUUAGCUCACAAAGUAUGUAUAUUUGCUUUUUUCUUAUUUAAACAAAAAGGAUAAAAACAAAAUAGAUUUGGGAUAUAUAGCUGCAUUAAUACAAAGUGGAAGGUGGCAUGUACGGUGCAGAUAUCUUUGCUUUGUCAGCAAUGGAGAGAAACCCGGUGACUGGACUUUGACAUCCUUACUGGCACUGCACACUGCAACUAGUAAAUACUGCUGAACACUG